AGCAAGACUUCACAUCAUACAGUGAUAUUGAUGAUUCUACAACAACGACAAUACUAGUGACCAUUUCUCGCCACCUCGUGCCUGAAGAUGGCUACAAAGAAGACCAAAGCUGCCCCGACUGACGAUGAAUUGAACAAAUUACUGGAAGGUAUUGGUGAGGAUGAUAGCUCCACCCAAGCUCCACCCAAGGGAGCUUCGAAGUCAACAAAGACAACGACCUCCCAAACAGAGCAAGACCUUCUUGCAGAGUUGGAGAAUCUUGGUGCGCAACCCACGAGUAGGCCACAUACUCCUCGAAUCCAGCAAGUGAAGCGUACCACCACUGGAACACCUCCACCAGCUUCCUCGCGAAACAGUGAGGAGAAAGCCUCGACUGCCAGAAAGUCGGUAGACAGUACCCGAUCAUUUCAUACAAGCUUCACCCCUUCUGCGACAAGCAGUGAACUCCAAGAAGCAGAGAGAAAGGCUCCAGUUGCGCAACCUGCCGAGACUCCAGCAGCUUCAGGUGGCUGGUGGGGAGGCAUCUUCGCAACAGCAAGUGCUGCCGUCAAGACUGCCGAGGCAGCUGUAAAGGAGAUUCAACAGAAUGAGGAGGCGAAGCGAUGGGCUGAACAAGUCAAAGGAAAUGUUGGCGCACUUCGAGGACUGGGUGAUGGCCUCCGAUCAAGAGCUCUUCCUACGUUUACCAAUAUCCUACAUACUCUCGCUCCUCCCAUCUCCUCUCAUGAACGCCUACAGAUUCACAUCACCCAUGACUUCAUUGGAUAUCCUUCUCUUGAUCCCCUCAUAUACUCAACAUUCUCCCGGGUGAUGGCGCAAGUCGAGGGAGGUGACUUGUUAGUCAUUCAACGAGGACAUGAAUCAGCCGCACGACGCAAUUCCGAUGCUGGCUACUCCGGAGGAAGCGCAGGUUGGAGUGAUGGCCCCUGGUGGCGCCAAAGCAAUGAACAUCGAGACCUCGGUGCUGUCAAGGGUCUCGUCGAGGGAACAAAGCUGGUUCGAGUUAGCGCUGAAGCAUACUCUACCGAAUACUUCGCCUCCCAUGGUGGGCUUGAACUCGCUGCCCAGCGAGCGACAGAAAACUUGAGCGAGUCAAAUCCUGUUCGCAGCAGUGAUAUUUUCUUGGCCGUCCAAGCUAUCUCUCAUGAUGCCCCAGAAGAUCUCUUCCAAGGACCAACUCAAGAGAAGGAAGAAGGAAGUGUAGUCGAGGAGAAAGCGAAGCCAGAUGAAUUGGUUUCUUUUGCCAUUUAUCUACAUGAUCCCGUUCACACCAUUACUUUCUAUACUCUCUCGCAAUCGAUCCCAGCAAAAUGGAUCAGAUGGCUAGAUGCCCCUUCUCCACUCACUCCCGCAUCCCCAACAUCGCCAAGUCAAAAGACAAGCUUCUUUGGAAACGAAGGCCACAACUAUAACCCCUAUCUCCCGGAGGAGAUCGCCGAGAUCAUCGAGAGCGGUGGUGUUGACCCCCGAGAAUGGGUUUCCGAAUGGGUCGAAGAGAUCUUGAGCUUGAGUGUAGGCGUAGUAGCACAGCGAUACGUAGCGAGGCGAAUGGGCGUUGGAGAGGGUGGGAUUGGUAGGGGUAAGGCCCCUAUGUCGGAGAUCUUGGAGGAUGGUGGUGGGGAGAUGGCUAGAGCGGGUGUGCUUUGAUGAGUUUUCAGCGUGUGGUUUAUGGCGUUCUGCUGGAUGCAUGUAUGCAUGUCUUUUUCAGGGGUAACUAUCAAGAUAUCACACAGAGAAUACAGCC